AUGAAAAACACCAACGAAGACAGCAAUGUACUACCUAUUUCUCCGGAACACGCGGGCGUUGGAGUCGAAACAAAACCUAUCAUCCAGCGUCAAUGCAGUCCAAAAUCCAAAAAAAGUUUUUGCCCCUCAGGAGAAGCCUUUCAGUUGUUCUGCAAAUGUACCUCUGUACGUGGCAUGUCCAAACUGCAUACAGGGCCACAAUUUCUGCGUGGUAUUUGGCUGAUAUUUGUGUUAAGUAUGACCUGCUUAUUGAUUUCCGCCACAGCGCUAUUGAUCAAAGAUUUCUUGUGCUAUGAUGUCAGUGUGCGAACUCAGCUCCGAUUGGAUGACGACUCACCUUUUCCCUCUCUCACGGUAUGUCAUCAACCUCCCUUUUCCUAUCGGGCCUAUGAGUUGUGGAAUCAAAAUGAUAUUCUAUCACCGGCCGAGUACAACAGAUAUAUGCGCAAAUUGGUUCUGGAUGCUCUUCAGAAGAACGAUAUAGAAUCGGCCAGUUCCAUAUGGGGAUAUGAUACGUUGAGUGUAUACUAUCAGAAUCUGGACUAUGAUAAAGUCAUUCAACUGGGACAUUCUCCAUCCAUAUUUCUCAGUUGCAUGCGAAGCUUUGAACACACGUUUACGUUCGAAGACAAUUGUACUAUAUUGCCCGGAUAUAUGCUUCGUCGAUUCUCACAUCAUCAGUACAUGAAUUGUUACACUUUUGAGCCAAGUGAUAUGCAAAAAGCAAUAGAAACAAGCUUCUUCACUCUAGUUGUAAGUAUGGGCCCCAGAGAUCGAGAUGUCCCACCGCAGGCCGCAUUUUUCCCUGACAUAUUCGAGCAAGCCAGAGGAAUGCGCAUUGUCGUUCACGAACCAGGCACGAUGCCCGACUUGGAGAGAAAUGGGAUCCAUGUGGAGCCUGGGAAACUCAAUGAAAUCAAUUAUGAGCCACAUCGAUGGAAUGUGCUGAGCACACCCAGGCGACCGUGUAUUCAACCAAAUGAGACGCACCGGUUUAGGGAUCUGGAAACCAUGUUUAACUAUACGCAUGAAGACUGUUUGCUGGUGCAACAGCAACUGGAGAUUAUCAAUAACUGUCACUGCAUUUAUGUGAUGUAUCCACGGCUGUCGCUACCAACAAAAUCUUUGCCAUAUUGUGGUCAGAUUUGGCCUGACUAUAACCAGACUGCUUUUGUAAAACGGUUGGAAUGCUUGGCUAAGUAUCUGGACAUCAGUGUAAAGCGAAAAUACGACGGAACGAAAUGUCUUCCCAGAUGUAACUACUAUGUAUAUCCCAGCACUACCUCAAUCACCAAAUGGCGUGGCUAUCCUUGGCAAUUGUACUGGCUCCGGGUGCAGAAUCAAGCAUCAGAAAGCCUGCUGAAGCUGAAGGAAAUGCAUCCGGAUUUGAACGUAACCGCACAAGCGGAAUUUGAACGCUGGAAGUUAUAUCUCACCUAUGAUAAUCUUACUCACAUACCGAGUCACGGCGAAUUGAUGCGCCUUGGGAAUGGGUCCGAUGUAUAUGCUGAGAUGCCAAAAUGGCCCCCGGAAAAGUUGGAUUUAGACGGAGAGGAUUUUGCCUAUAUUGUGCUUCGUCGCAAAUCGCGCAAUACAGUGGAAGAGAAUGAAAACCUUGUGCUUAGUCUAUAUGUCUUAGUAAGUCGCGUUGGUGGUUUAUGUUCACUCACUAUCGGACUGACGGCGGCCUUUAUUGUCGAGCUAAUGGAGUUCUUGUACUUGUUCUAUGUUCAGCGUAACCGGAUGAAAAGAGGGAAUGAAAUGCAUACCAAUUUGGAAACAACAAUUACAACAAACAAUAGCGUCCUGGAAAACAAGAUCAUCACGAUCCCACUGACGCAGCUUACAUACUCGGUAGAGGGCACACCACAGAACGAUGAGGUUUGCUCUAAAUCUGAUUAA